GUCCAGAAUGCCCUUGCCUCAGCACUGAGAGCUGGGGGAGAAAGAGAGGAAGGAGAGUGAAGCUGGGAUAGAGACACCAGCAGGUGCUGAGGAUAGAAACAAACAAGGUGCUAAGAAAAAGCUAGGUUGUCAGGGAAAAGUGUGUUAAAAGAUAACCAAAGAGCAGAAGAUAGGCAGACAGAAACUAUACUACAAUCUUAGUUGUUCUUAAGCUGAAGCCCACUUAUUUUAUGCCACCCUCACAGAGCUCUUUACAGUCUUUUUCUCGUACGGAUUCUCCCUCCUCCUCCUCCUUUUCGACCUGUCCUCCUCUUUGACAGACAGAGCCACCAUGGACACCGGCAGCCCCAGGAAGAUACAGUUCACCGUUCCCCUACUGGACACCCACCUGGACCCGGAGGCAGCUGAACAGAUCAGAAGACGCAGACCCACACCUGCGACUUUAGUGGCAUCCAGUGAUCAAUCCUCACCUGAAAUAGAUGAAGAUCGUCUCCCAAACCAGCUGUACAAGGCAGCGCUAUUAAAUUCUCCUCGACAACGGCGAAAAGGGCAAAAGGGAACACCGACAAUGAAAGAGCUGCAGUUUAUGGUAGAGCACCACCUGUACAUGCAGCAGCAGGGAGCUGGGGAUGAGUGCUCCUCAGAGAGCUGCCUGUCGGACCGCCCCAGCCCCGACUCUGCUCCCACCGGGGAGGAGCUCCCCCACGACGAUGAGCCCACUGCAGGGGCCUUUGAGAAACUGCGCUGCCAAAUGGAGGAGUUCUCAAGGGAGAGUUUGUUAGAAGCUGCUGAUGGACUCGAGUGCCCCCUCUCCAACGUAGCAGAUCGCUCAUCACAACAAAACAACGCACAAGCAGAAACAAAAGCAGCAGCAUCCAGUGCGAGUCAGCCGGCCGAGGAGAAAACAAAGAAAUGUAGCCUGAAGAAAGAGAAUUAGAGCGGCCUUGUGUAUAACACAAAGCUGCUCAGUCUGCUCAGACGGCCCAACACAAUGACAGAAUAUUGUGUCUGCAGAUCCAAUUUUUAGAAACAUCAGGGCAUCUAUGUUCCUCUACAGUCAGGUCUUAUUAUCCCAAGAACAAAGGUUUUUAAACUCAUUUUAAUCCUGUGUGAAUUAUUUAAAUAUAAUAUAUUUGUUGUCUAUAGCCUCCCCUGCACUAAUAAAACUAGCUUACUGUGCCAGACUGUGAGUUACUAUCUAGUUAAUGGGAAAGCAAGAGUCUUUUCCUGUUUCAGUCACACACAAUCAUUAUCAUAAACUACCACCAUUCAAAUGAAUAAUGUCCACUUUAAUGUUCCAAAGCAAUUUGUAUUCCUUUUAGUUUUUGUCAUUAAAUCUGCCAGUACCCUCUUACUGCAAUUGUUCCAUCUCAAAGCAAUACAAAUGUAUUUGUACCUCAUAGAUAACCGGGGCCAAAAUCAUCACUUUUAAAUUCAAAUGUCAUCUUUAGUUAGUUGGAUGCAGAAUCUAAAAUGGGUAGGACAACUGAGCAGAUUUGCAGUUUUUAUCAAAAAUAUAUUCAUGUUUGUUACACUGACUGCAUUGCAUGUUCUUUUUCUGCUGCAGCAUGUAGAGCUGCAGCGAUUAGUCUAUUCAUUGAUUGAGAGAUAAUGUAUGGGCAACUAUUUUGGUAGUCCAGUGAUCCUUUUGAUUCAUGUUUUGAAGAAUAAAUGCCAUAAUCCUCUGAUUGACUUAGUCUUCUUCUAUGACAUAUAACUUAUUUGGACUGCUGGUCAAAACGUAGACAAAACAAUAUGUCAUCUUAAACUUAAAAGACAUUUUGAAGAGAAAUUGGUUCAUCAGUUCAUUGAUUAUUCGAGUUAAUAAACAGAAGAUUCAUUUAUGAAAUUGCUAGUUAUAGCCUGAACAGCAUUACAUAUCUGCUCUGUAAAUUACUUUUUUGGUGUUCAACUUUGAGUAAAAAACAGAAACCAAAAGGGAAAACGUUUUUGGAUUCAUGAAGGCGCCCCCUAUUUUAGCAUUAAUUUGUGGGACUACUGUUCUGGUAUACGUAGAUAGGGACCUUGUUCCCAUAAAUAUAAUCCCUUCAUUUUAAACCUUGUUAAGUUAUGGCAAGACAUCUGCCUGCAACAUAACACACUUUCCUGCUAAAGUCUCGUUUUCAUAACUUACAAACAACAUGUCCUUCACCUUAGCUUGUUGAAUGAGAGUCCAAACAAGCUUCUUUUUUUCUAACGGGGUAAAAGUGCACUGCUAACCUCAAUUUGCAGGCUUGAUAGAGUAGCUUAUUAGCAGGUCAGCUGCAGCACAUAAACUGCAUGAUAACUUACCUGCAAAUGUACGGUAAGCUGCAGGUCUGGUCCUUAGGCAGGAGGCCUAAGGACCAGAGCUUGCACACUGCCUGCGUGACACGCACGUGUCGAGCCGUACCGAAGACGAGUGCAUGCCAUGAAUAGCACCGCCGCCAAUUUUUCAAGCAACACACAACCGUGUUCUUUUAGCGGUUUCAGGCAAAAUAGAAUACGUAAUAAACAUAAAUGCAGAUAUAAAUGUAAUUAAAAAAAAAUUAAAAUAAAUAAUUAUCGAUUUUCAAAUAUUGCACCUGUCAAUACGGAACAAAAUAUUCUGUAGCCUAUUUUGCUGUCAAUACUGCCAACGUUGUCUUCGCUGUUAUCAAA